GAUAACAGUUCGUUUUUCGGGAGCUAAUGCAGAUCCCGGAACUCCAGAUACAUUGUUUAGUGCUACCGGAUUUGCCAUUAAAUUUUACACAAACGAUGGAAUCCAUGACUUACUUGCCUUUAACACAGAUGUGUUUACGUUCAGAGAUCCAAUGAAAUUUGCUGAUGGUGUACAUGCUGCCGCGCGUAAUCCUCAGACACAUUGUUUUGAUGUUAAUGCUUUGCUCGACUUCUUUGGGCAAGGACUUGAGUCCACGUAUUUUACGAUACAGUUUUUCUCGGAUGCAAUAUUUCCCAAAUCGUAUAGGUAUUACUACUGUACUACCCAUGCAAGUGAGGUUAUUUAUCUUAUGAAAAUCAAUUUAGGUUUCUCGAUGGACACACCAUCAAUAUAUUCAAGUUAGUCAAUGCAAAAGGUGAUUACGUUUACGCAAGAUUUCAUUGGUUCUCCGAUUAUGUGGACAAACUAUUCUUUAAAACACUAGAGGAUGCUGCGCUGGUUGCUGGUCAGAAUCCGGACUUCUUAAUUCAGGAACUUUUUGAUAGUAUUGCUAGUGGUGAAUGGCCCAGUUGGACAUUCAAAAUACAAGUAAUGACUGAAAAGGACGCGAAGAAAUAUAAAGGAGACCCAUUCGAUGUAACUAAGGCUUGGUUGGAUGUUCCGAUGAUAACUGUCGGUAAAUUUAUCUUAGACAGAAAUCCAGACAAUUAUUUCGCUGAAGUGGAACAAAUUGCAUUUUGUCCGGGGCACAUGGUACCGGGAAUCGAGCCAGGACCGGAUCGUUUACUUCAAGCAAGAAUGUUUGCAUAUUCAGACGCUCACAACUACAGACUGGGAGUUAAUAAUGCACAGAUUCCAAUUAACCGUUGUCCAUUCGAAGCACGAGUCUUACACAGAGACGGUUUCAUGAACGUUGGUCCAAAUGGUGGAAAUUCUCCGAACUAUUAUCCGAACAGUUUCCAUGGAUUAACGUCUAACAAUCAAAAUUACUAUAAACAGGCACCAUUCCAGAUAUGCGGCACUGCAGAUCGUGUCAAAGAUUUCGAGCCAGAUUUCUUUUCGCAAUCAAAAUUGUUUGUAGAAAAUUUGGAAGCCAAUGAUCCUGAACAGCUUCAGAGACUCCUAGCUAGAUUUGCUGCUUUUCUUUCUCGAGCUACGGGACGCUUACAACAAGAAAUAGUAAGAAACAUGGGCUACGGCGUAUCUAAAAAUUUCGGCAGGCAGCUUGAGAACGCGUUGAAUGCUAUCACAAAUUCUACAUCAACGUCUUAGUUGUGUUACAAGGACAUCAAGAAUAAAAAC